CGAGUCACAUGAUUCAGAAGAAUGACAGAGCAGGACAGGAGAUCUCUCCCUCACUGAGGGGAGGAGGACGAGGAGGAGAACCAGAGGAGGUCAACGAUGGAGCGAGCCCACAGCCUCCUGCUGAACGAGGAGGCGUGCAGUCAGCUGGGUGACCACCAGAGGGCGACGUUCGUCUUUGAGUGGCUGAACCACCUGAAGAAGCUGCUUCCUGCUGCUGAGCGGGCCAACGUCAGACACAACCAGCGGCGUCUGACCGAGCAGCUUUCGGGCGUUCUGAUCGGCUCCCCCGGCCCGCCGACCCGCCGGCUGCUGGCCCACUGCCUGGCCCUGCUGUACCGCCUGGGAGACCCCUUUACCGCCAGCCUAUUGGUGGACAGGUGCAAUGACAUCAUCCGCAGCAGAGAUGACUCUCCGUCGGGACUCCCCACCCGACUGGCUGCCAUCACUGUUCUGGGGUCUGUGUUUGAGCAGCUCGGUCGGCUGCUGCUCGGCUCCUUCAAAGAGACUCUGAUGAACCUGCUGAAGGCCAUGAAGAGUGCUGAGUCUCAGGGUCGCUAUGAGACCAUGAGGAGUCUGGAGAAGAUCCUGAGAGGUCUGGGCGUCAGCGCCGCGCCGUGUCACCGUGACGUCUACAAGGCGGCGAGGACCUGUCUGGCGGACCGAUCCAUGGCCGUACGCCGAGCAGCCGCCGAGUGUCUCCUGGAGCUCCAGAGGGAGGCAGUGUUCCUGUGGACCAGUGAGCUGGAGAACGUGUCCACUCUGUGCUUCAGAGCUUUGGAUGGAUCCAACUACAGCGUCAGAGUGUCUGUCUCCAGACUGCUGGGGACUCUGCUGGCUGCUGCUGUGGAGCCACGACAGCCCACCGCAGUCCCCAGGCAGAGUGGGCGGGGCCGGAGCUCCCUGGAGGAGGCGAUGGAUUUGUUGUCGGGGGGGUUCCUGAGGGGGGGGGCAGGGUUCCUCAGAGCCAGAGGAGACAUGCUGAAGGGGACGAGCUCCGUCAGCAAGGAGGUCCGCAUAGGAGUCACUCAGUCCUGCGUGUUCUUCGUCUCCCUCCUGGGCUCCUCCUGGUUGGAGGUGAACUUCCCUGUCCUUCUGUCCCUCCUGAUGGAGUUGGCGUCUCACCUCAGAGCCACUCAGACGGCGGGUGACGCCGCGGUGACUCGUCGCUGCGUUUCCUUCAUCCUGAGGAGCACCGUGAGCUCCCUGCUGGGGGAGAAGGCUCAGACCAACGCAGCCAAACACAUCUGUAGCGCUGUGGCAACACAGCAACAAGCCGUCGGUGAGCAGAGAGAGAGAAGAAGAGUUGAUACGGUCACAUGACAUGUAGACUGACCUGUCUGUCUCUC